AUGUUCUCGACGCUCGAGAUGGACCUGAGACCUGGCUCUGGUCUCUGGAUGUUCGAGAUAGGGACCUCGCUCUGGAACGUACUCGAUAUCUUGCGCAGCGCACAACACUUCUUUCCCCAAGUCGACGUCAAGUACGAUCCCGACACCCCCACUACCCCCAUCAUCCUCCACCUCCGCCCGCACUUGGACCUGCUGUUCACCGGGUACCAGCAGCGCUUACACACAAUUGCCGUGCGAAAGCUCCGGGACCCAAGUCCACCCCUCACACUCUCAUACAAGAAAGCGGUGCUGUCAUCUAAUGAGGAGGUCCUCAGGAGAGUGGGAGUCAGCCGGAUCUUCGGGCCUACAUACCCAGGGGACGACUUGCGGUAUCCGGGAGUGUCCUUCAGCUUCGAGGAGGAUGGAAGGGGAGAGAGCUUGAAGGGUCCGGUUCCCCUCCCGGACGACAGGCUGCAGGAAGUGAAGCGAGUCAUUAUAUCCCAGAAGAGCGCGGAUGGCGAGCAGCGGGACGCUCUCGAUGAGGUGGCGGAGUGUCCAGUUAUGGCGGGUGAGCUGUGCCGGGCCAUUGUGAAGAUUCACGAAGGCGUCACGCUCUAUUUCUACCCCACGGGUUCGGAGCCAAUACCAGUCCUUCUGGGAUUGAGUACAGCGCAAGACCUCAUGUGUGAUUUAGGACCACCGAUCAGGACAUACUACAAGGAGGAUGACAGAAUGACCAUCCAUAGGUCCGGCCCCGAGUCUGAUGCCGAUGGUGAUUGUGAGUGGCACCCGACAUGGACGGUUUAUGACAUUGACACGUCCCACCCAGACUUCUACAACUACCAACAACAUGGCAUCGAUUUUCUCAUAUCGGGCUCCACUCACACCGUCAAGAAGAUUAUCCUGCACACGAACGUGCCGGGGACCCCCCUCUUCCAACGGUACAAGCGCUGUCCUUGGGAGAUACAGGGCCGUCCAGAGGACGACGAAGACGAGUCUCCGCCACGGAAACGGUUCUAUGAGCGAGUGGAGGAGAUCCAACAUUUCAUUGCUCCAGGCGAGGCCCCGCCCUCCAUGAUCCUGAACAGAACAGACGACGAGGAUGGGCUGCGACUUCCAAGCUCAACGACUCGGUUAUUCGGAUACGACGGUAUCAUUCUAGAAGCCACAGAUUCGGCCCAGGUUGUAGCAGUCAUGUUGUUCUAG